AUGGACCAAGUGCUUGAAAUUCCCGAAGAGCCAAACGUGGAGCCGAUAUCCUCUCUGGAGGAAGAUGUCAUCCGCGGGGCAAGCCCCCGAUUUACCUUUCCAUUUGGCAUCCUCUUCUCCACCUUUUUGUACUGUGGGGAGGCAGCAUCUGCCUUGUAUAUGGUUAGAAUCUACCGGAAGAAUAGUGAAACCUACUGGAUGGCAUACACCUUUUCUUUCUUUAUGUUUUCAUCCAUCAUGGUCCAGUUGACCCUCAUUUUUGUCCACAGAGACCUGGCCAAAGACAAGCCACUAUCAUUGUUUAUGCAUCUAAUCCUUUUGGGACCUGUUAUCAGAUGUUUGGAGGCCAUGAUUAAGUACCUCACACUAUGGAAGAAAGAGGGGCAGGAGGAGCCCUAUGUCAGCCUCACCCGAAAGAAGAUGCUAAUAAAUGGCGAGGAGGUGCUGAUAGAAUGGGAGGUGGGCCACUCCAUCCGGACCCUGGCUAUGCACCGCAAUGCCUACAAACGUAUGUCACAGAUUCAAGCCUUCCUGGGCUCAGUGCCCCAGCUGACCUAUCAGCUCUAUGUGACUCUGAUCUCUGCAGAGGUCCCCCUGGGUAGAGUGGUGCUCAUAGUCUUUUCCCUGAUAUCUGUCACCUAUGGGGCUACCCUCUGCAACAUGUUGGCUAUCCAGAUCAAGUACGAUGAAUACAAGAUUCGCCUCGGGCCACUAGAAGUCCUGUGCAUCACCAUUUGGCGGACACUGGAGAUCACCUCCCGCCUCGUGAUUCUCGUGCUCUUUUCAGCCACCUUGAAGUUGAAAGCUGUGCCCUUCUUACUGCUGAACUUCCUGAUCAUCCUCUUUGAGCCUUGGCUGAAGUUCUGGAGGAGUGGUGCCCAGAUGCCCAAUAACAUCGAGAAAAAUUUCAGCCGAGUGGGCACCCUGGUGGUGUUGAUUUCCGUCACUGUCCUCUAUGCUGGCAUCAACUUCUCUUGCUGGUCAGCUUUGCAGUUGAAGUUAGCAGAUAGGGACCUUGUGGAGAAAGGUCAGAACUGGGGACACAUGGGCCUGCACUACAGUGUGAGAUUGAUAGAGAAUGUGAUCAUGGUCUUGGUUUUUAAGUUCUUCGGAGUGAAAGUAUUACUGAAUUACUGUCACUCCUUGAUUGCCUUGCAGCUCAUCGUUGCUUAUCUGAUUUCCAUUGGCUUCAUGCUCCUGUUCUUCCAGUACCUGCAUCCGUUGCGCUCACUCUUCACCCACAAUGUAGCGGACUACCUCCACUGUGUAUGCACCCAUCGACACCCUAGGGGUAGGAUUGAGAACCCAGAGCCAUCUGCUGAUGCCGAAACAAGGCAAAGCAUUGUCUGAUUCUAUCUUUCCGAUAUUUGGGGAUGGGUUGAGGGAUGCCAAGACCAACUGUAGAAUUGAAGGAGAUGAUGAGGCUCUUGGGUGAAUAUCCACCAGGAUAUUUUUUUGAGUUUUCUGGUAAGCCUAUCAGAAGAAAGAGCAGCCCCCAAAUAGAUUUUAUUUCCUUAAGAUUGACUGCUAUGUUUGAACACCAAGGUAACUGCUACAUAUCUGGGAGGAUCAGAGAUGUCAUUCAUAUUCCAUCCACCCUGGUCAGCUGUCUGGCUGCCCUGUGAGAUAACUCACAUCCAUGCAUCUAAGGUUCUCUGUGACCUUAAAGCUCUGCUCAUUCCCUUGAGUAUUACUGAGCUUUCUGUGGACUGGACUAAAUGACUCAGAAUCCCACCAGAAUAUAUCCUGACUGAAAAGAGAAUGUGACUGCUUACCAGCUAUGGGUACUGCCCAGGAAACAGUUUGACUAAUAUGGAACCUGUAACUGUGAACGUGGCUGGAGUCUUUCAAUUCCAAUGAGAAACAGUGAUUAAGAGCUAAACCCCCACUAUUGAAAGAGCUGUCCAAGUGACUUAGCUCUCCAUUAAGACUUUACUAGUGAUCAUUCAUCAGGGAUCUUUUUUUUUCCAGCAGCCCUUCAAAGACACACUAUGAGGAGGGAGUUCAGAGUAGGAGUCAUUCAAGGCAUAAAGCAGCAUGACUGUUUAUCUCAGGGACCUGCAUGAGCCUCCAUUGUGCUAAGUGGAGUGGUUGAGCCAAAGCUCUUGCUUCUUGCCUCUUUAUCAAGGAUUCCCUCCAACCUGGCUUUGUUGUGCUCUUUGACCAACACUGAUAUAGAUCUCAGAGAAGCUGAACUAUAAUUGAAAAUGUUUCUAAUGUGUGGAAGAAAUAAAAAUUGCUUUGU